AUUUCUUCAACCCGCCCAUCUCCUAUCCCUCCCAGACACUGCACUGAGAUCGACCCGCGCAGCUAUCCACCAUGGCGCGAAACAGCGAAAAAGCCCAGUCGAUGCUCUUCCGCUUCCGGGCGCAGCAGGCCGCGGAUCUCGGAAUCAUCGAUAUCGGCCGCACUCGGCGGCCUAAGGCGAUUACGUCGGUGGACUCGAUCCCCAUGUGCGAGAAAUGGCGCGGGCAGGUCCUUAAGGAAAUCUCGCGCAAGGUAUCUCGCAUUCAGGAGGCUAGUUUGAGCGAUUAUCAGAUUCGGGACCUGAAUGAUGAGAUUAAUAAGUUGAUGCGCGAGAAGUGGAUUUGGGAGAUGCAGAUUCGGAAUUUGGGCGGCCCGAAUUAUAUGCGUGGUUCUGGGCGAGUGUAUGAUGAUGAGGGGAGGGAGAUCCCCGGUGGUGGGAAGGGGUAUCGGUAUUUUGGGCGCGCUAGGGAGUUGCCUGGUGUCAAGGAGAUGUUUGAGGCUGCAUCUCGACGGGGUCGACGGCCUGCGGAGGAAGAGGAGGAGGAAAGUCGCGGUCGAGGUGGAGAUAUCGCGACGAAGAAGGUGGAUGCGAAUUAUUUCGGUUAUGGGCUGGAUGAAGAGGAUGGCACGCUGCUAGCCUAUGAGAAACAGAAGGAGAAGGAGGCUGUUGAGAGUCUGCGGGGGAAGAAGGAAAAGGACGUGGAAGAUGGGUGGGAGCCACUGCCUGGUGAUGCUGGUGAUGGCGUUGAAUGGAGGCUGCCGACGCUGGAGGAGGUACAGGAGGAACUUGUUGAUCGCCGGAGGAGAAGGUUGCUGGAGAAGAUCACUUAAGAUGGCGUGCAUGGCCUGGUGUACAGGGUGUCUUUCCAACAUUCCGUUGCUCAAGAGUUUCUUCUAAAGGCGUUAUGGGUGUCGUUUCAUAAUGUGCUAUCAUAUGCGCUUAGCU